UGCUUUUGGUGGAAUGGAAAUUACCUGUAAGCAGCGCCACAGCAACUUCCUGUAAGGAUGAACCAGUGCAGCAACAGUUCAAAGGAACAAUCAGCCGUUCUGGAUGUAUUCUCAGAUAUUCUUAACUUACACCUAAUUUUUGUUGAGGGAGGAGUUCCUCAGCAUAACUGAAGAAAUUAUCAGAAGCUUUUUAUGUCAUACCAAACACCAAUGUUGAUCUUUUUGAGAAGGAAUGCUGUUGUUCGUUUCAUUAUAUCUAUAAUUGUUUUGGCUUUUAUUUAUUGGUUUAUCACAAAUUUGUUGUUCACAACUGGAAAUUCUGCAUCCUCAGCUCAGAAAGUGAAACAAGAUGACAAAAGAAACUGUGCCUGUAAACACUGUUUGACACAACCAAAUAUCUCUGAGUGGUUUGACAGGCAUUUUAAUUCUUCCAUCCAUCCCUUGUUGUCAAAGAGUAAUGGUAAUCUUUCAGCUGAGACCCUCAAAUAUUGGCAGAAACUUCAGCCAUACUAUGUUCCACCUCCCUUUAGCGAGGUGAUGAAGAAAGUGUUUGAUUUAUUCCCUGGAGAGGACCAGUACAUGGACCAUGGCCCCUCUCGCUGCCGGUCCUGUGCUGUAGUCGGGAACUCCAAUAACCUGCUAGGGACUUCCUAUGGGCCACAGAUUGAUGAUCAUGACUUUGUGAUGAGGAUGAAUGAAGCCAAAACCGCUGGGUAUGAAAAAGAUGUUGGAAGCAGGACUACACACCACUUCAUGUACCCAGAAAGUGCCAUUGAUAUAGACAACACCACCAACCUAGUGCUGAUUCCUUUCAAAAUGAGAGACUUUGAGUGGCUUAUCAGUGUUGUGACUGAUAGAUCUAUAAAAGCUACUUAUCGACACGUUCCUGCAACACUUAAAUUCAACAAGAAAAAGGUCUUGUUUUAUAACCCAGCAUUCUUGAAGUAUGUUCAGGAGCAAUGGAUCAAAACCUCCAGGUGCCCUUCCACAGGGAUGCUUGUGCUCAUGUUUGCUGUUCACAUAUGUGAUGAGGUAAGCAUUUAUGGAUAUGGUGCUGACAGUAAAGGAAUGUGGAAGCAUUACUGGGAGAAAGUGUCUGGCUCCAUGCACCUUGCAAAGCACAGUGGAAAUACAGAAUACCACAUCCUGCAGAUGCUCCAUGAGGCAGGAAAAGUCAAGCUCAGUAAAGGGAACACGAUUAAAGUGAAGUGAAACUACAUGGCUGUUUGAGUUUAAAAAUGUUCUGUUUUUUAAGAAUAAAGAGUAGGCAAAUGUAGGCUUCCAGUGAUUGUGGGAAAUGACACAGCCAGUUUAAAAAUGGGGCCAUAAGGCUCAGCCUUCAUUUGAAACAAGUAUCUUUAUUGUCUGAGGCACGCAGAAGACCCCCACUACUUCUCAGACAGAAAACACAAAAACUAAUUUACAACUGCAGUAUGCAACAUACUGAUAUUAGAGCAUAUGUGAUUACAAAUUAUUUAAUAAUUUGUGUAAUAUUAAACAUUGAAUAUGGAUGUAACAUACAUUGUAUCAGGUUCACUUUUUGUGCAAACAAAUGAUUUUGUGUAUAUAGCUUGCAUGUGAUCAA